UCUACUCUUAAGAUACGUUGUUACACAGACGCGCGUCGCUCACUCCUUCACCUUCUUCACCUUCGGCGGCCGCGGCAGCUUCGCGCCGAGCGCGCGCUCGAGUUUCGAGAUGAUCGCAGGGUUGGGCACGGCCUUGCCCUGCUCGUACUGCUGGAUGACCUGGGGCUUCUCGUUGAUCUUCGUGCCGAGGUCCUUCUGGGACAUCUUCUUGGCCAUUCUAGCUUGCAUCAACGCCUUGCCGAAGGCGAGGCCCGUCUUCUGGACCUUGAACGUUUCGGUCUCCUCGGCGAGCUUGCGCGCGCCGGCGCCAGCCGAGGUGCCCAUCGGGCCGUGGCCGCCCACAGAUUUAUUCGCGGUGGCGAACUGGCGCGCCUGGGACACGGCGGCGCCGCUCCGCUGCGCCGAGGUCAGGCUCUGCUUCUUGUCGCCCUGCGUCGGCUUCUUGAAAGGCUUGGUCGAGCGGCCCACAUUUACGGUCUCCCAGUCCUGGCCGGCGUUGCCGCCGAAGUUGGACAUGGUUGCUGUGCUUUUGCAGUGUGCAGUGUCUGGUUGCUGGUCAGUGAUUCCCUGUGGCGUGCGCACGCAGCGCGGCGAGAAACUUGUGCAGCAGCGCGAUGCAACGAGCGAUGCGCUGAUACGCUAUUCAAUCUGUGCGAGCAGACGCGUAAAAGCGCAAUCGACGCA